AUGGAUCCUCUCUCCAUAGCUGCCAGCAUCGGCGGCCUCACCACUCUCGUUUUGCAAAUCAGCUCGUCGCUCUCGAGACUACGUUCACUCUGUAAAAGCCUGCCUGGACGGCUGCAUGCCGUGAACAACGAGGUAUCAGACCUGGAGGUUGUUCUUCAUCAGGUGGCGUUACUUGUGAAGGAUAGGGCACAUUUUUUACCCCAGAAACAGCUUGCGGCAAUUCCACAGCUCUUGAAACAAGCGACCAUCAAAUUGAUAGAAUUGAAAACUAUUGUUGACAGAAUACUUGACACUGUUGGCAAAGCCAAGUUUGCUGUUUCCGGGGCUUUUGCGUGGCGAAAAGAACAGGAUACCCUAGCCGCACUACAAGAAGACAUUCGGUCCAUAAAAUGCAACCUGAAUAUCCUGCUUGGAGCAUCGAACUCGCAUGAUAUGAUUCAGAUCUCCCUUAGUAUUCAAGCCAUAUCUGCCGUCACUCUGAAGUCCACAGCAGCACAGAUGGCAAUGAAGGAUAAAUUUUUGGACACCAUUGCGAGCGUGGAUGAACGAAUAACUCGGGUGGAGCAAAUGCUUCAAAGGCAGACGAACCAACUCCAAGUCAACCAAGCUCAACAAGUCGGCGCUCUAUACAAUGUUCACACUGCCAACCGACGACGAGCUCGAUCGCGACAGAGCAGCCCUCCAGCUACCCCGACAAAUUCCGAAGGGCUGACGGUUCGCGUUACUCCUUACGUCGUGACAUGCCGGCGGGGUUGCCCCUGCGCUUGCCAUUCGAAACAAAAGGCUUCAACACCAGCCCUUUUGAACCGCAUAUUUGGGCAGCUCUUCAUUGGAUACGCAGGACUGCCUUUGGUGGGCCCAAAAUGUGACACUGCACGCUGCCUGGGGUCCCAGGCAAGUCAAGUCAGUGUGGAGUACUGGUUUCCACUUGGAUUCUUCUCUUCCACGAUCUUGCGGAUGCAACUUGGCCAUCAACCAAACAUGGGGUCACUCUUCCACCUGGACACAUUGAGAAAGGUGCCUGAUUCAGCUCAGUGUGUCAACCUUGCCGUUAAAGGUGAUAUUGAAGGCUUAAAACACUUGUUUUCCCGCGGUCUGGCUUCCCCUCGUGAUAUCAGCACCACUAGAGGUUAUUCCCUGCUUCGAUGGGCGCUCUAUGCGAAACAGUAUCAAGCUUGUGAGUUUUUGGUAUACGCAGGCGCAGACCCCGAUUACCGACCCUUGGCUAGCUCUGAUAACAGCCCACGGAUCAAGGCAUGCCAUUUCUUACUCGAAGGAGGGCUUCCGGAAAGUGGCUCGACAGCUCUUAAAACUAUCACUAAAGGGAGCUACUUUGAAGACUUCAUCGAGGAAUCAAAUUUCACUCAAAUCCACAAAAUUGUGCUGGGACUCUCUUUGCUUAGCCUAGAAGAAGAGAUCGCAUUUUAUCUUGACGACAUCGAUACAACUGACUCCAUGGGUAGGACUCCACUCGCCUGGGCUGCUGCGCGUGGAGACUCCCGGGCCGUUGUCACUCUCCUCAGCCAUGGUGCCGACCCAAAUAUUACAGACAUUCAAUUGUCCGGGCCUGUGUCUAAUGCUGCGGCUCGUGGACACACUGUCUGCGUUCGUCUUCUUUUAGAAGCAGGUGCUGAUCCCGAGCCGCCCUUGCCAAACGGUGUACGGAAAGGCAGUCCACUCACUGUCGCAACGCGCAAUACUACAGAUCCUGUACUGUUAAAAAGUCUUCUCGAUUUUGGAGCAGAUGUCGAUUCGCGCGGCUCGGAUGGCCAAACUCCGCUCAUCCACGCUGCCCAAACUGACAAUUCGAGUUUCGCAAUGUUACUACUUGAAUAUGGUGCAGAUAUCAAUGCAGCUACAGAUACUGGCUCGACUGCAUUGACUACAGCAAUUACGUACAACAGUCAUAAUGUCCUUCGACUUAUCCUGGAUAGAUGGCAAGAAUAUUCGUCGUGCCCACGACUAAAGGGGCCCAACCUUUUGCAACUCACAGCAUUAUAUCAUCAACCACGUUCCUGA